AUGUCGUCGGAAUCGGAUGAUGCUAGUGCGCCGGAGUGGGGAUCGGAGGAUGAGGAUGACUAUGACGAAUUAGCUGCACAGGGGGCAGCCGCAGCUACUUUGGCGGCGGGGUUAUCGAUCAAGCUCGUGAUCGACACCAAGACUCAGAACGUUCGCUUCGCCGAGGCCGGAAGCGACGUUGUGGAGUUCCUCACCGGCCUCCUGUCCCUGCCGCUGGGCACCGUCGUCGACCUGCUGACCAAGGAGCACAUGGUCGGCAGCAUCGGCAACGUCCUCGGCAGCGUGGAGAAGAUGGACGCCGGCUACAAGGGCAAGGAGCGGCGCCUGAGCCCGGCCGUCGGCCCCGCUGCGCUCUCCCGCCUGCAGCAGCUGCUGAGCGCGCACCUAAGCAAUGGCAGAACCUGCCAUUGCACCAGUUCCACGUACAAUGCUGUCGCCGCGGGAACAUCCACGACGCCGUCGCUACCCACGGCCACGUAUACUGUCGGGGACGACCUGUCGUUCGCACAAUUUGGCGGCGAGGACCUCAGCGCGCUGCAGGAGAAAACCGUGAAGAUCGUCAAGGAAGAGGCGCUGAGGAUACUAGCUGCUUCCUUAAAGUCCAAGACCGUGCUGACCGAUGUCUUCCUCAAGAGUCAAGAGUGA